GUCCAAGCAUUGACUGGGAAGUUCAUGACAACAUUCAGACAGACAACUCAGCAUGACAUUGCUCUUCAGAUGCAAAAAUAGAUUUGAAACAGCGAAUUAAUUUUUGUACGGCUUCUCGGAUAUUGACUUCCACUGCAUCAUCUACAUUCCAAGUCUACGUCGAGAAACAAUAAUUAGUGCCUGGACAACAACAAAAAUUGACCUCUCUUCUCUUAUUUCUCCCAUCCAAAGAGACAAUUAGAUAGGCCUAGCGAAGAAAAAGAUGUCUACGAAAGCUGCAAAUGGAAAGUUUCAGUUUGCUAUUGAUCGAGGGGGCACUUUCACAGACGUAUGGGCCCGUCUGCCCAGUGGAGAGACCCGUGUGAUGAAACUGCUUUCCGAAGAUCCAGAGAAUUAUGCCGAUGCUCCAAAAGAAGCCAUUCGACGCAUCAUUGAACAAGAGUUAGGAACUUCGCAGAAAGAAAAUAUUAACACUUCCGUUAUUGACUGGAUCCGCAUGGGGACAACAGUUGCCACAAAUGCCUUGCUUGAACGGAAAGGAGAACCGAUGGCAUUGGUGAUCACUAACGGGUUUAAGGACUUACUGCAUAUUGGCAACCAGGCACGCCCCAACAUUUUUGACCUGGAAAUUGUAAGCCCGGAAAAUUUGUAUCAAGAUGUCGUUGAAGUUGAAGAACGCAUGGUGCUGAACCAAGGAGAGAAUCAGUCUGAUGGCAGUAAUAAAGUGGUCACGGGAACCACUGGAGAACGUUUGGAAAUGUGGACGUCGCUGAAUGUACAAAAACUGCGCGAAGAUCUGCAAAAGGUCCUGGACAAAGGAAUCAAAAGUUUGGCUGUUGUUCUCAUGCACUCCUAUAUCUACAAAGAUCAUGAAGAACUCAUUGGAAACCUAGCCAAAGAGAUGGGAUUCUCAAAUGUUUCUCUUUCUUCCAACGUGAUGUCAAUGAUCCGGAUAGUGCCCAGAGGCUACACAGCCUGUGCAGAUGCAUAUUUGACACCAUGCAUCAAAAAGUACAUUGAUGGAUUUAAGGAAGGCUUGCAGGAUGCGAAAGUUUUAUUCAUGAGGUCUGAUGGAGGACUGACACCUAUGGAAAGUUUCAUGGGCUCUCAUGCCAUUCUGUCUGGUCCUGCGGGCGGUGUUGUUGGUUAUGCGGAGACCACGUACAGCCGAGAGAGAAGAGUGCCAGUCAUUGGAUUUGACAUGGGAGGAACAUCGACUGAUGUCAGCCGUUUCGCUGGAGCCUUUGAGCAUGUGUUUGAGUCCACCACUGCAGGCAUCACAAUUCAGGCCCCACAACUGGACAUCAACACGGUGGCGGCCGGCGGUGGGUCAAUGCUGUUCUUCCGCUCAGGAAUGUUUGUGGUGGGGCCGGAGUCUGCAGGGGCACAUCCUGGGCCAGUCUGCUAUAUGAAGGGUGGACCCUUGACUAUCACAGAUGCAAACUUGUGUUUAGGACGUUUACUGCCUGAGUAUUUCCCUCACAUUUUUGGUAAAACUGAGGACAAGCCAUUAGAUAAGGCAGCCACUCUUAAGGCUUUUGGCUUACUUACAUCUGAGGUGAACGACUUCUUAAAAGAGCAAGGAGCUGAUCCUAUGACGAAAGAAGAAGUAGCACUGGGAUUCAUCAGAGUUGCCAACGAAGCGAUGUGCCGACCCAUUCGAGCCCUUACUCAGGCUAAAGGUUAUGACACAGCAAAGCACAUUCUGGCUUGUUUUGGUGGGGCUGGGGGCCAACACGCUUGUGCCAUCGCCCGCUCCCUGGGCAUGUCUGAGGUCUAUAUACACAAAUAUGCUGGCAUCCUGUCAGCCUAUGGCAUGGCUUUGGCUGAUGUUGUGUACGAAGCCCAAGAGCCAUCGGCGCUAACCUACAGUGCAGAAAACUUUGCUCAGCUCAAUGAAAGAAUAGCAGCUCUAGAGAAGAAAUGUCAGGAAGAGUUGAAGGUGCAAGGCUUUGAUAGUGAUCACAUCGAGACCCAGCCGUUCCUGCAUCUGCGUUACGAUGGCACGGACUGCGCUCUCAUGUGCACCGCGUCACCUUCCUCUGACAAUGGCAUGAGCUGUGGGUUCGGAGACUUCUACACCUCUUUCUUCAACAGGUACAAAACAGAGUUUGGAUUCACGCUGAAGGGCAGAGACAUUUAUGUGGACGAUGUCCGUGUGAGAGGCGUGGGAAAGUCACAAGCUGCUUCGGCCAAAGAGAUUCCCAAAGCGGCUGGACCCCCUGUCAAAGAAAAGACGGUGAAGUGCCACUUUGAGGAGGGCUGUUUGGAGACUGCGGUGUUCCGACUCGAGAAUUUGUCAGCUGGUCACAAAAUGGAUGGGCCAGUCCUCAUCAUUGACAAAAACAGCACCAUCCUGGUAGAGCCGGAGUGCCAGGCUGAGAUCACUCCUCUAGGAGACAUCCGCAUCAAGGUUGCCAGUCAGAACAAGAAAGUCAUCGGCACCGACCUGGAUGCAAUCCAGCUGUCUAUCUUCUCUCACAGGUUCAUGAGCACGGCUGAACAAAUGGGCAGGGUGCUGCAGAGAACAUCUAUUUCAACCAACAUAAAGGAACGUCUCGACUUCAGCUGUGCAAUGUUUGGUCCUGACGGGGGACUCGUUGCCAAUGCUCCACACAUUCCGGUCCACUUGGGAGCCAUGCAAGAAACAGUGCAGUACCAGAUGAAGACUCUUGGCGCAGAUUUUCAUGAUGGAGACGUGGUGCUGAGUAACCACCCACAGGCAGGUGGAAGCCAUUUGCCCGACCUAACAGUCAUCACACCAGUUUUUCACAAGAGCCAACCGAAGCCUGUGUUCUUUGUGGCAAGUCGCGGACACCAUGCAGACAUAGGGGGGAUAACUCCCGGCUCCAUGCCACCGCACUCUACAUCUAUCUUCCAGGAGGGUGCUGUCUUCAAAUCCUUCAAACUGGUGGAAGCUGGAGACUUUAAGGAAAAAGAGGUGACGGAAGCGUUCAACGACCCGGCAAAGUACCCGGGAAGCAGCAGCUCCAGAAACCUCCACGACAACCUCAGUGACCUCAAGGCUCAGGUGGCAGCCAAUCACAAGGGCAUUCAACUGAUAUCCGAUCUGAUAGAUGAGUAUGGUCUCAAUGUGGUGCAAGCUUACAUGAAGUACAUCCAGGAAAAUGCUGAAGUGGCAGUGAAGGACAUGCUGCGUGAGAUUGCAUCCAAAACGAAAGCAACAACAGGGAAAACAGAACUGUACGCUGAGGACUUCAUGGAUGAAGGAACUAAAAUCUGCCUGCGCAUCACAAUUGAUGAAGUUGAGGGCACAGCUGUAUUUGACUUCUCCGGGACGGGCUUCCAGGUUCACGGCAACACCAACGCCCCUCGCGCCAUCACACUGUCGGCCAUCAUCUACUGCAUGAGGUGCAUGGUGGGCCACGACGUGCCCCUCAACCAGGGAUGUCUGAAGCCAAUCCGAAUCGUGAUGUCCCCUGGCAGCAUCAUUGACCCGUCGGAAGAAGCAGCUGUUGUGGGUGGGAAUGUGCUGACCUCACAGAGGAUCGUGGACGUCAUUCUGAGGGCUUUUGGCGUGUGUGCCGCCUCGCAAGGUUGCAUGAACAACAUUACCUUCGGCAAUGAGAAAGUCGGUUACUACGAGACGGUGGCAGGUGGCGCUGGAGCAGGUCCCAGCUGGCACGGACGGAGUGGCGUGCAUACCCACAUGACCAACACAAGGAUCACAGACCCUGAAAUCCUGGAGAAAAGGUACCCAGUGGUUUUACAAUGUUUCAAGCUCAACGAGGGCACAGGGGGAGAUGGUCAGUACCAUGGAGGGGAUGGAGUGGUUCGUGAGCUGAUGUUCCGUGAACCGUUCACUCUAUCCAUCCUUACAGAACGCAGGGUUUUCCCUCCGUAUGGACUGAAAGGAGGUAUGCCAGGUCAACGCGGUCGUAACCUGAUCACGUACUCUGAUGGAAGGGUCAUUGAUCUGGGAGCCAAGAAUUCAGUGGAUGUCAAACGUGGGGAUGUUUUCCGUCUGGAGACUCCGGGGGGUGGAGGGUACGGUCCGCCAGGGUCAGAGAAUGCAGAAGGAGACAUGGAAGUUGAAGUUUCCUCCAGCAAAAAGAGGAAACUGGAGGCGAAAGGGAACCCACAAAUGCAAUCUGGAAGCCUCUUCUCCUACAAGCUUAUGCAAGAGUCAUCGUAAAAGAUUUUGUUGGGGGUUUUUGUUUUUAGAUUUCUCUCACUCUCACAUAUAACCUCUAAUGAAAGUUUUUCUUGAAGAUGGCUGCUGCAUGAAAGACUUAUUUUGUACAGAUGUGUUACGACAUAGUGAAAUCAGGCGCGCUCAUAUGACCUUAGCAGUUGCGAGCGCCGUAAAAUCCUAUACUACUA